AUGAGGAAGAUCCCCAAACAGCAUGUCGGUUGUUCCUAGAAGAACUACUGGACCGGAACUCAUAAUGUCCACGCCUCUUUCUGUCAGUCAACAUGUUUCACACAGUGGAAGAACAGGACAGUUCACUGAUGUCCUUCUAUAAGAAGUAUAAUGUUAACUGGGCCGCUCCUUUCAAGUGCAAGCUGACAGGAGAUGCAGCAGUCGGCGAAGGUGUCAACCGACAUGUUGUUUCAAUGACCAUGGAGAAACUGAAGACUGACUUCACUAUAAAUUUAGGUGUUUGGACAGCAGUACAUCCUCUAUAACCUCUGCUUACAGCAUUUUACACUAAUCCUUAAAAUUCCAACAGAUACAGGCACAAAGGAGUUCUAAAAACAAUUUCAUUUUAUACCUCUGAGCUCUGUAUCGUGUGAAUAUCAGUUCAUAUUCAAAGUACAGAAUGUGAGAUGGACCUACUUAAAUAUGCACUGGUAUAUAAACACAUUUUUUCUCCUUUUCUUUUUAGGCAGUGCUCCUCUUAGAACCCUUUUUGGGAGUGAAAAAGAACAUCGCGUUCCAUCUGCAGCUGCUGUACUUCAGCAGAGCAACCUUUUUCAGAUGGCAGGUCGGAUGAUAGGCCAUUCUUUCCUGCAUUCUGGUUUUGGUUUCUCUGGCGUCAGUCUGCCUGUGGUCACUCUAUUGACUAGUGGGAGCGCCGACACUGCUACAUCAGCUCUGACCUUGCAGGACUGCCCUGAUCUUGAUCAUCGAGAAACAAUUGUUUUUCUCAAGAAUGCAGAACUUACUGCCGAAGAAAACUCCCGCUUGACUGAUCUGUGCCUGUCAUGGGAUCUUCCUGUUCCCACUGCCAACAAUCGUGACUGGCUGUUCCAGGAACUGCUUUCACAUGCUGUACUUAAACGUGUUAAGCAGCCUAUCAAACAAAUCCACAAAGGGCUGAAAGAAACAGGCAUCUGGCCACUUCUUUCAGCUAGACCAGAUGUUCACCACAUCAUUUUCCCGAGGGAGUCUACUGAGGAACUCAAUCCACAGCUUGUGAUGCAGCACAUUCAGUGGCCACAACCUAACUAUGACAGUGAUGAUGACGACGACGAUCGCAUUCCACUGGAAAAAGUCAGUCUUGUCACUGGAUUUUUGCGCAAAUUCAUCCAGGGAGCGUCACAGGAGGACCUGCGCAACCUCGUGAGGUUCUGGGUUGGGUGGGAGCUGCCACCAUCAAAUCUCAAAGUUGAGGUUGUAACCUCAACUUACCCAGUGGCUCUCACCUGUUUCCACAAGUUGAGGCUCCCUGACCACUACCAAAAUUACCAGAAGUUUCACCAGGACUUGGUCAUGGCCCUCAAAUCAAGUGUUUCUGGAUUUGGGCUUGUGUUGGUGUGAUGGCAUUGCUUUGUGGACUCUGGCUUUUAGGCCAAUAGUUUGGGGAUAUGAAAAGCGCCAUGUUCAAAAUGUGCGCACAGAAGUUACUUGUUGGA